GCUGUAGUAAUAUCAAUAUUACUACGUAAGUGUGUAUUAUCAUGAUAUUUUGAGGAAAAAAGAAAAAACACUGGAAAUAUGGCGGUGAGUGUAAGAGAAGUGCUGACGAAGUUUUAUGAGGACUAUGUGUCAAAUACCCCGAAACGAUUGAAAGUUAUAGAUGCCUAUGUUUUUUAUAUUAUUCUAACAGGAAUAAUUCAGUUUGUGUAUUGUUGUCUAGUGGGUACCUUUCCUUUCAACUCGUUUCUAUCGGGAUUUAUUUCGUGUGUAGUGUCUUUCGUUCUUGCCGUGUGUUUACGACUGCAAGUUAAUCCACAAAAUAAAAGCCAGCUACACUACAUUGGCUCAGAACAAGCUUUUGCUGAAUUUAUCUUUGCUCACGUCAUUUUGCAUCUAGUCGUCAUGAAUUUCAUUGGAUGAUCCGCUUGAAAUCAUCUUAGGUUGUUUGAAGAGGUGUUUCCACGGUGAGCAAGAUUCAGUGUUCCAUUCUUGUCAUUUGAUGAUUUCCAUUAUGCAAAGUGAGAAAAUUAGCACUUGUAUACAAAAUUUUAAAAGAUUCAAUAAAAAUUAAUAUAUGCUUUUCUUGAUAA